GCUGCAUUGGUGGCGAGCACAGUGCGCAGGACCGCAUUGGCUGCUGUGUGUGUUUUUUUUUCUUAAGGGUCCCAAACUACACCGAGAUUUGGAAUAUUACGUUACAGUCGUGAAGGAAAAUGGCGACUGUCAUUCAUAAUCCUCUGAAAUCGCUCGGUGACCAGUUCUACCAGGAGGCCAUCGAACACUGCCGCAGCUACAACGCCCGCCUCUGCGCCGAGCGCAGCGUGCGCAUGCCCUUCCUGGACUCGCAGACCGGCGUGGCGCAGAACAACUGCUACAUCUGGAUGGAAAAGUGCCACCGCAAGCCAGGCCAAGCAGCAGGACAGAUGUACACCUAUCCUGCUCGUUGCUGGAGAAAGAAGAGGCGACUCCACCCUCCCCUGGAUCCCCAGCUCCGCCUGUGUGAGCUUCGACUGGAAGCCGAGCUGGCCCCCAAGCGCGAGGUGCCCCCGGGGGAGGCCACAGCCCUGGAGGCCCUGCUGAGGGGGGACAGCCUGCUGGAGAAAAAAACCAACAUCUGCAAGGAGGAAGAAACGUUGUUGGAAAUACAGAGGGUUCUGGAGGCGGAGGAGAACGGGGACGGUCUCCAUGACGAUGAGGACUUUGAGCAGGACACUCCAAAGAGGAAGAGCAGAAACCGAGGCAAAAACAGAGGAUCCAGUCGCAGGAGGUCGGAGCCCGUUAACGUGGAGGACCAGGACAAACCUUUCGUCUGCGACAAUAAAUACAAACAAAAGCAUAACUCAAAAAAGGCCGAAGAAGUCUGCGGAAAGCGCUACAAGAACCGGCCCGGCCUGAGCUACCACUACACCCACACCCACCUGGCGGAGGAGGAGGGCGAGGACGAGAAGGAGGCCGAGAUGGAGCCGUCUCCCCCGUUCAGCGUGGACAACCACAAACCUCAGAAGGCCGCGGACGGCAGCAUCAUCCCCAACGACUACUGCGACUUCUGCCUGGGAGACCAGGAGGCCAACCGGAAGACGGGCCAGGCCGAGGAGCUGGUGUCCUGCUCCGACUGCGGACGCUCCGGUCACCCCACGUGUCUGCAGUUCACUGAUAACAUGAUGCAGGCGGUGAGGACGUACCAGUGGCAGUGCAUCGAGUGCAAGUCCUGCAGCCUCUGCGGCACAUCAGAGAACGACGACCAGCUGCUGUUCUGUGACGACUGCGACCGAGGCUACCACAUGUACUGCCUGAAGCCUCCGAUGACCAAGCCCCCCGAAGGGAGCUGGAGCUGUCACGUGUGUCUGGAUCUGCUGAAGGACAAGGCCUCCGCCUACGGAGAGGCUUAACUUCUUCCCAGCACAGCCACGGUGUAUAUUUGUGCCGAUUCGUUAACCGUAUGACCGACACGCCGCGCUCUCUCGGGUACAAUCACACACACUCCUUCACUCACACUUCAGUGCAUUAGCGGGCUCCGGGCGGCCUCUCGCUGACCUUUUUGACCUCUCGCGUGGCCGAGCGGCACUCGGCGCCGCCGCCGUCCGGUCAUCUCUCUACCUCACCACCCGGCAGACGGCGGCGAGACGCCAAAGCAACAUGGCCGACACUGUGUAGAACAUGCGUAUGUGAGAUACGCGCCCAUCGACGACCGGCCGCGGAUUCUUUUUAACUUUUUUACUGUAAUUAAUUGGAGUAUUAUUUGGAAGACGUGGCCGUGCUCGCCGCGUUCGACCAACGUUUGUUUGAAUCUGUCGUCCCGGCCGCGCUCCUAUCCGGCGUUUAGACUUCACAGUGACAUUCCUUCCACUCACCUGGACGCGCUCAGCGUGAUUCAUGCCGCCUUUCGCGGGUCUUCGUCGAGCACGUCUGUCUUUUGUAUCCCCGCAGUUACAUGUGACACCCCGGUCCUCGAUGUGACACUUUACACAAUAAAAACACACCAUUUCCUCACGUAGAACGUUAUUAUUUAUUUAUGGGUCCAAUAUCCAGGAGAUCAUUGUUACUGUAAAUCAGUGGUUCCCAAACCACGUUUUCUGCCAUGUCCCCUUUGUGGAAGCCAGAGUACUGGUCCCUCCACACCCAAAUAGAUGGAAUUUGGUUUAACUGGUAACAACACUGAUGAAGGUACUAACUAAAGGGGGUUAAAUAUGUUUAAAUAACAUAUGAAAACCAGCUGCAUUUGUGCAAAUUGUCUUUAUACACAAAAGACACAAUGAUCACCUGUAGUCAUAUGACUCUAGAUUACAGCUGCAGCGGUAAUUUAGUAAACAAAUUAGCCUGUAGAAUAGCGCACUAGUUCGAGUACCGACCAUUUUACAAUCCCUCCGCGCCCCUCUAGAGGGCUCCACGCCACGGCUUGGGAACCACUGCUGAUAAACACGCAGAGAAGUGUGUGUAAAAUCCAAACUACUUUUGAACAGCCGGUGUGGUGAAUCAUGCAAAGUGCUGAGUGAGCAUCAGGAAGUUAACGCAGGUUAUGCGACUCUUUAUUGCAGUUUUCUCUGCAGUUCCGGUGCAACCAGAAUACAUUCUGGAUUUGAAUUGCAACACGAGUGAGGUCGACGCGUUCGAUUGAAACGUGAAAUCUUUGAACCCCUUUUGAAGCAAAUGUAGUUUAUGUUUUUUUUGGACAGAACAUAUUUGGUAGCACUAAUCUUAUGGUCGCGAAAAGGAAGAACCAUAAAGAAUAAGCUCAAAAGUAAAGAGACAAAGCCCUUCGAGAACACGCAGCUUCACAGGAUAUCACAAUGAGCAUUUUUAUUUGUCUUUAGUGUGAGUUUGUAUUUGAUAUUACUUUUCCAUGGACAAUCAUGAGCUAGUGUAGAUACAGUACAUCCUGUUAAUAAUAUGAAGAUGGUUUUAUGGUGUUGUUGGUGGGUUCGCUUCGUGUCUUCCUUUUAAACAUGUCUUUGAUGUCAUUCUCAUUCAAUUGCUCAUUCAAGCUUCAGUGAUUUUAGAUGUAUUUUGUUGAAGUAAAUGUUGAGUUUUGUGUUGAAAUAAAUACUUUUUUUCCAUUA